ACUCGCCAAGGAAGGACUUCAGUACCUCGCGGCACCUCAGCGGAAAUGGAAGCAAACCGAAGUCAUCUGAUAGCGGCAAUUCGGCCGUAUUUGCAUUUUUUUUCCAUUUUUACGAUCACACCUCCAAUCGCGUGUUUUCAAAUAUCCUUAAGAAGAAGUUGGUUCUCCAAUUCGGUGGCAGGAUAUGCAUUCUAUUCCCUAAUCAUACUUUUAAUCGUGAUGUAUGAAUGUUAUAUAAAUAUAGAUGCGUUGCAGUUGGAAGUUGAAGACUUUAAGGCUGUGGACUUCACCUUGUUCAUGGGAAAAGUUCAAAAAAUUCUUAUAGUACUCAUUAUGGUUUGCAAUCAUUUGAAUAUGUGGACUCAAUUUCGCCGUCUUAAGAGCAUCUUCAAGGACAUUGCUGAUCUAGAUAAUGAGAUCGACAAAGCAAUGAAACAAUUUGGAGGGCAGGUUCCUCUCAAAAAAUUUCGAUGGCGUGUUGGUCUAGGAGUUGGAUGGUGGAUGUGCUUUUGCGUUGUGGCCAUUCCUUACCUAACCCAUAUAGCCAUUGGACCCUAUGUGAAGUGGCCAGACAAGGUUCUCACACAAUUUAUAUUGGUGAUAAUACAACUCAAGGGUCAGGAAUUCUGUGUGUUCGUUAUUUUAAUAUCAGAGUUCAUACGCCGUCUGCGUCACAGUCUUGAGAAGAUCCUGGAGGAGCUUGUGGAUUGCGAGGAACCAGAAAACCUACAGGAGUUAUGCGUUGCUCUGAGGCAGAAUCAGACCCUGGUAGGACGAGUUUGGCAUUUGGUGGAAGAAAUUAGCGGAUACUUUAGCUUGCCUCUGAUUUUUCUGUUCCUCUACAAUGGAUUAACAAUUCUGCAUGUGGUGAACUGGGCCUUUGUAAAACAUAUACUUCCCAACGAUAAAACUAAAUAUUGUAUGUAAACUUACAGGGCUAUGUUUAAAAUAUAGUACAUAAUUUUUAAAGCCGUUCUAGUACGUCUGCCUCGCUGUUUCGUGUUGCUGAUGAACAUUCUAAUCUUCUCCUUUCACAGUGAUCGUUGCAUGAAAGUUGUAAGUACUAUUCACUAUUUACACAAGUUCGAAUAUAAAGAAUUUUUUAUUUAAAUUAUAUGUAGUAUAACAAAGGAAUUCCGAGGAUUCUUCAUAGAAUGAGUGCAACUCCAGCAGCAUCGAACUUUUUAACGCUAAAAAUGGGCCUUCGGGAAUACACCUUGCAGAUGCAGCACCUGAAGCUAAAUUUCAGCUGCGGUGGUUUUUUCAACAUCAGUAUUAAAAAUUUUGCAGGGGUAAUUUAUAAAUUAAUUUCUAUUAUAAAUUACAAAAUCUAUAAGCCCUUUUCAGAUGGUGAUCACCAUAUAUGGUUACAUAAUUAUUAUCAUGCAGUUUAAAAUGCAAUCUAUUCCUGGAGAAAAGUAUAAAUUUAUAUUUAAUAUUAGCGAUUACUAUUAAUUAGAUAGUUAAUUAAGUAAAUUAGCAUCCUGAAUUGUAUUAUUUCUUAUUACUGACAAAACAGCGACACCUAUCGCCUAAAAAGAGAACGUCAUGUAAAAUAUAUUUUACACAGUACAGUAUUUCAUUAACACCAUUUACCCAUAAUAAAAAAUUAACAAGAAAUUUAAUAUUUGUAAAUGAUUACGUAUAUUUUUUUUUUAGCUUGCACCCACCCGAGUGUUGGCCAGCCCUUCAGGGAUAUCCUUGCGAGUGGGCACUUCAGAGUUUAUUAAAUCUAAACUAUUAUUGUUUCAUUAUUGCCAUCGAUCCGGAGAUCGACCAAUUUCACCGUUCAUAAUCAUUCAGUAAUAUCAGCUACUAACUGUAAACUUAGUCUAGGCUUUUUACAUAGAACAUUUUAUGUUGUUUCAUCGAUUUCGGGAAUUGUACUCAUAAUUAGUUUACUGUAAUUGCGACGCAAGAACUUACGGGCUAGGCUACGGCUACUUACUGGCUACGGACCUAUCACCUACUGCUAAACAUCUGCCCACCUAGACCCAUCAGUGCUCCAUUUGUACGGCUAAAGAGAUUGUAGACUGAGUGUCAGUUGGAUUACUUGCUCGUGAAAUGUUCAGUUACUUGGAUUCUUCGAUACUAUAACUUCAGUUGGAAAUCACAGAC